AUGAAGGAUACAACUUUAUGUAAAAUCGCUCAUUUGUGUCCAAACCUACAGUAUCUGAAACUUAGCUCCUCUAAGAUAACCGAUAUAUCAUUACUAGAAGUUGCUUAUUCAUGCACCAAUUUACGAUAUCUAAGUUAUGGUUAUAAUGAACACAUCACUGAUGCAUCUAUAAUUGAGAUUGCACAAAAUUGCCCAUACUUAGAAGAUCUCACUUUAUGGAAAAGUGGUAUUACUGAUGUAUCAUUAAAACGAAUCGCUGAAUUAUGCCCGAAACUUCACACUCUAAGUUUGAUCGUCUGUGAGAAAAUAACUGAUGAUGGGGUGUGUGCAAUUGCUUCAGCAUGUCCAAAUAUGAAAAGCUAUAUGUUAAUGGCUUGCCAAGGAAUUACCGAUAUAUCAGUUAAAAAAAUUGCAAAAUCCAAUCUAAAUCUCAGAUAUCUUGAUCUUGUUUGCUGUUUCGAUGUUUCUGAUGAAUCUAUUUGCGAGAUAGCACAGCUUUGUCCUAAGCUCGAAGGACUUCAACUCCAACAUUGUAAUAUUACUGACGCAUCUAUCCAGACAAUAACACAUUCAUGUCACAAUCUACAGAAUCUCAAUAUCAAGAAUUGCUAUUCUAUUAGUGACGAAGCCAUUAAUACUUUAAUAAGCAGAAAGCCUAAUAUCAAUAUUCCUGGCUGGAAUCCGGUAGAUAUAGAUAGUGAGUCAGAUAGAGACGUCUAA